GGGGAGGGCCGGCGAGGGAGGAGCGAGCCAGCAGCCAGGCACGGAGCGAGCGAGCGCCGCCGCGCCAGCCGCUCCAAGUCCUUCCUUGCCGGGGCCUGAACUUUGCGCGCCGCCGCGAUGCGCUAAGGCAUUUUUGCGCACGGCGGGCGCCCCCUUGGCAGCCUCCCCGGCCACAGAUCGGCGCCCCACGGCUCUUCGCAGGAGACCAGCCCCCCACCUGGAGCUCCCGAGAAGCCCCCGCACCGCUUCACGUCGCGCCCGCCCGCCAUGGCCGCCGGGGAGCCCCGGAGCGCCCCCAACCCUCUCCGGAGCGCGCCAGGCAGGGCCCCCCAACCCUCUCCGCACGGGCGACCCUCCUGAAAUCCCGCCCCGGAAAAAACUUGCCUGGCUUUUUUCUCCCCCCCCCCUUUCCUCUUUCCUGUUCUGGGGGAGUUUCUUUCCAGGAUCCCCUUUUUAACAAAACCUUUCCAAAACUUGGAUACCCCCAACCCCUCUCCAACACUUUCCCCCCUCGAUCUGCAAAACAACUUUGGGGAGGGUGUCUUUUUUCAGGGUCCCAGUUCUCCCUCUCCUAAGACUCUCCCCAAACGCGACCCCCUUCUUGCCCCCCCCCCCCGAUUUUAAGGAAUAUUAUUUACCAGCCCGAAGUGACCUGGAUUUAACUUUUUUAUCUUUUUGCGCUUUCCACCUUGAGCCCCCUAACGUGGGCGCCAGGUAGCUGACCCCUGGCUCCCUCCUCCCACGAAAUUGCCCUCCCUGAAAUUCCGCUUUGGGGGGGGGAAGCCAAGGCUUAAUAACAACGAUAAUCAUCAUAAUACUGUUGGCGAUCUAUUAAGGAGACAUUUUUGUGCCUGACUUCGCCGCCGCUGCCGUCUGGAAGGAGAGAGCGCCCCCAACCCGCGGCUGGCGGCCGGAGCCGUGCUUGGCCCCCACCCCGACCCCUCCGGCCCCCCACCACGGACACCCCCGCCGCACCCCUCUCCCCCCCUCCGGGGCGCUAUGGCCAUGGUGACCGGGGAAUGGGGCGACCCUAACGGAGGCGAGGCCAACGGCUUGGAGAAGGGCUACCCCCGGCACUCGGAGGACGACUCGGCCUCCCCCCAGGGGGGCACCAGCGACCAGGAGCCCCUCGACGACGACAAGCCGGGCAUCCAGGUGGACUGCGUGGUGUGCGGGGACAAAUCCAGCGGGAAGCACUACGGGGUCUUCACCUGCGAAGGCUGCAAGAGUUUCUUCAAGCGCAGCAUACGCAGGAACCUCAGCUACACUUGCAGGUCGAACCGCGACUGCCAGAUCGACCAGCACCACCGCAAUCAAUGCCAGUAUUGCCGUCUGAAAAAGUGUUUCCGCGUCGGGAUGAGGAAAGAAGGUACUCUCUGGGGUGUGUCCGUCCAGAGGGGCCGGAUCCCUCCCACCCACUCCAGCGCCAGCCCCAACGCCCUGCCCAGCGGCGAAUACUACAAUGGGCAGCCUGUCUCGGAGCUGAUUUCGCAGCUCCUCCGCGCUGAGCCCUACCCCACUGCGCGCUUCAGCUCCCAGUACGCCCAGCAAGGCAGUGUGAUGGGCAUCGAUAACAUCUGCGAGUUGGCGGCGCGGCUCCUCUUCAGCACGGUGGAGUGGGCGCGAAACAUCCCCUUCUUCCCCGACCUGCCCGUCUCGGACCAGGUGGCACUGCUGAGGCUCAGCUGGAGCGAGCUCUUCGUCCUCAACGCCGCGCAGUCUGCUCUGCCGCUGCACAUGGCGCCGCUGCUGGCUGCCGCUGGUUUCCACGCGGCUCCCAUGUCGGCCGACCGCGUGGUCUCCUUCAUGGACCAGAUCCGCAUCUUCCAGGACCAGGUGGAGAAGCUCAACCGGCUGCAGGUGGACCUGGCGGAGUACAGCUGCCUCAAAGCCAUCGCCCUCUUCACCCCAGACGCCUGCGGCCUCUCGGACCCCGCGCACGUGGAGAGCCUGCAGGAGAAGGCGCAGGUGGCGCUGACGGAGUACGUCCGCUCGCAGUACCCCUCGCAGCCCCAGCGCUUCGGCAGACUCUUGCUGCGCCUCCCUGCGCUGCGGGCCGUCCCCGCCUCCCUCAUCUCGCAGCUCUUCUUCAUGAGACUGGUGGGCAAGACCCCCAUUGAGACGCUUAUCAGGGACAUGCUCCUCUCGGGAAGCACCUUCAACUGGCCCUACGGGACGGGGCAGUGAGGAGACGACGAGCGCGCGGAGUUGCUGGGACCUGCCUUCCCGCCACACAUCUGCCCUGUCCGUUCCUGCGGCCGCCGCACCGACAGCCUGGAUGUCCCCCGGCACCACCCGAUUCCCCCGGAUCGAGGCGGCGAACUCUGUGCAAUUUUUUUUCCGUUUCGGGGGGUGGGGUGGGGGGCCACCCUCCCUGCUGUGACUGCCUCUACCCCCCACCACCCCAGUGCCAAGAGAGGGGCAGGGCGGGCGUCCGUUGGGAAGGUCUCCUUUUCCGUUCUGGGCGCGGGAAAUGUAGCGUCCUUGGUUUCGUUUUCCUGGUUUCGUUUCGUUUAUCCACUCCGGCUUCUAGCAGACGGACAGUUCCCCCGGAGGUUUUGCUGGGGGGCAAAACUUCCUUGAUUCUUGGGCCUCAAGAGAGAGGGGAGACUGACCGCUCUCCCAACCUCCCCUCUCACCCCCAUUUCUCUCGAUCCGCCUUCUGCCGCCUGAUGCCCCUCCCCAGAUGUUAUGGGACACCCCCCCCCAGCCAGUGUGGCCAAGGGGUCUGGGGUGACGGGGAGCCCCAAAGCAGCCGUGAACCGUGAUUGAGGUGGAUUGGGUCCCCAGUGCGAAUUUGCAAGCCGUUUCGCCUGGAAGCAAGCCAGAUUCCCGCUUACUUCGAAGCGGGGAGGUAUUUUGAGAGAGAAAACUUUUUGUUGCAAUGGGGCGAGGUGUGUGGGGGCGCGUUAGUUUGGGGUGCACCUAACGUGCAAACUUCCCAGAUGUCUGGGUGCAACCCUGUGUGGAACAAAGGCAGAUAGGAGAAUUUUCUUUCCCGCAAGCAGAGAGCGCCCCUAGGCGCGUGCAGAAAGCCCCCAGGUCCAGCCUCAGGCAAGUUCAGCUUAAAGGACCUUUUUGGGGGGGUUCAGAAGACCCAGGAAGUUGCUCCCCCAGGUUACGCGGACUCAGUAUAAUUUCCUGUGCUCCUAUUUGGAUCUGCCUGCAGUUCAGACUCAUGUGGACCAGAGUCUUGAUUCACUGCCAGUAACACUAGGACUAGAAUCUUGCAUUACUGUCCGGGUACUGCCAGUCUUCCAGGGUGGGGGCACAGCUCAGUGAUGGAGCACCCCCUCUGCACCCUGAAUAAUAAUAAUUUAUUAUACGCUGCCCAUCUGGCCGGGCCUCCCCAGCCGCUCUGGGCGGCUUCCAACAGGAUAUUAAAAACAGAAUAAAACAUCAAACAUUAAAAACUUCCCUAAACAGGGUUACCCUCAGAUGUCUUCUAAAAGUCACGUAGCUGUUGUUGACAUCUGACAUCCACAGAGCGGGCGCCACCACCAAGAAGGCCCUUUGCCUGGUUCCCUGUAACCUCACUUCUCUCAAUGAGGGAACUGCCAGAAGGCCCUCGGCGCUGGACCUCAGUGUCCGGGCUGAACAAUGGGGGUGGAGACGCUCCUUCAGGUAUACAGGACCGAGGCUGUUUAGGGCUUUCAAGGUCAGCACCAACACUUUGAAUUGCGCUCGGAAACGUCCUGGGAGCCAAAGUAGGUCUUUCAGGACCGGUGUUAUGUGGUCCCAGCGGCCGCUCCCAGUCACCAGUCUAGCUGCCGCAUUCUGGAUUAGUUGUAGUUUCCGGGUCACCUUCAAAGGUAGCCCCACGCAGAGUGCGCUGCAGUAGUCCAAGCGGGAGAUAACUAGAGCAUGCACCACUCUGGCGAGACAGUCCGCAGGCAGGGAGGGUCUCAUCCUGUGUACCAGAUGGAGCUGGUAAACAGCUGUCCUGGACACAGAAUUGACCUGUGCCUCCAUGGACAGCUGUGAGUCCAAAAUGACUCCCAGGCUGCGCACCUGGUCCUUCAGGGGCACAGUUACCCCAUUCAGGACCAGGGAGUCCUCCACACCAGCCCACCCCCUGUCCCCCCAAAACAGUACUUCUGCCUUGUCAGGAUCCAACCUCAAUCUGUUAGCCGCCAUCCAUCCUCCAACCGCCUCCAGGCACUCACACAGUGUCUAGCUCCUCCAGGUCAAACGACCCCUUGCCCCCAAACCCUGGGGAGAAGCUGCCAGCCAGUGUAAGGGAACAUAGAGCUGGGUGUGGCUCAGAGAAAGACACCUCCAGUUGCUCCUGCUUUUACAGAUCGGCUCUUGAUUUAGACUCCAUGAGGACUAGAAUUUUACAUUAGGGGCAAGGACCAAAACUCAGAAAGACCCAGGGGUCUCAAACGGGGGGUGUGCUGUGAGCUGUCUCUUCUCAGGGGCUCCCGGUCAGUGCGUAAAACACCAGGCUGGAUAAACAAGCUGCUUGGACAACACUUGGACAAGAACCCCACAGAGGUGGACUUGGUCGCUGGCAGGUUUCCGUCCACCACAAACACGAGCCACAUUUCGACAUGCUCAGCACCGCUGCCCGCUUACUUGUGAUGGAACCUGCCUGCCCCACUUCCUCCGCCACAGUGGGGGAAAUCCGCCUUGGCUGGGGGGCCCUCCAUGUUUGUUGAAGAUGCUAUGCAAAAAUAGUUUUGAGCUGCAUGCAAUUUGAAAUAUACUGACGACUUUGGAAAAACAGCAAUCUUACUCUUUUUGCAACGGGAUUCCGGCUUCCUUUGCUGGUCGGAUCAGUUUCGACUGAGACACUAAAAAACGAAAACAACCCCCCCGCUGCUAUUUUUCUCAUGGAUCAUUCUUUUUCCUCCAGCCUGCAGACCUGCUCUAAGGAUCUCCGCUUGGCUUGGGUGUCCUCUCAGUGGCGCCAGUAUGAAUUGCCCUCAAACCCAUUUUCCGGAUGGGGAAAACUGAGGCCAGAGGACUAUUUCCCCCUGCAUUCUACAAGUCCAUGGGAGUGAUGUGCCUCUAACUCAGGUCUCCCAGAUCCAAAGUACCGGUUGUAAUCUAUGCAAUCUAUCCCCAAAUUCUGCAUCAAGGAAAUUCAGAUUCUGCGCUUGGAAUAAAAUUAUGUUUUUGUUUUUUUUUAAAAAAAUGGUGAAAAUCGGAUGUGCUUUUUUUUAAAAAAAUCCCAGUUGUAUGAUGUGAGGUUUCUGAAGAACGUCCUGGGUGGGGAAGGACACAGGUGAGGUGUAAAGAAAUUUGCUUUUUUCAUAGAAUUGUAGGGUUGGCAGGGAACCAAAGGGCAAUCUAGUCCAACCCCCUGCAAUGCAAGAAUUGCAGCUAACCUGAGCAGACCUAGGCCCUUCCAGGCUGGGUGUAUUGAAUCUGUCACCUGACCCACACUGGCCAAUCCCGCGCCCCUGAGCAUCGGAGGUAGACUGCGCUUCAAACUGGAGGCUCCAUUGAACUACCAUGGCUUAGAGCUGCUGCUAUAUUGCCCCUCUUAUUCUUCAAACCCCCCUUGAAAGCAAAGAACUUAAGAGGAAGUUUUGCCAGGGGCUCCAUGCAGAAAUUGCCUGGUCCAGUCUCUGAAGAGGGUGGGCAGAUUGCUGCUGCCUGCCUGUGUUCAGUUGUGAACCAGCCCUUAGCCCAGAACCAUGAGGUCUAUAAACUUAAUGGUCUCUUUUGAGAAAAAGGUCAGAGCAUGGUCUCUCUAUAGCAAGAAGUUUCCAGGUUCCUCCUUCCUCAGUUCCAUUAAAUCCCAGGUUUAUUCUCUGUCUGAAACUCACAGGCAGUAAUGACCUGAGUGGACCCAAUUUAAAACUAAAAACUAUGCACUUUGAGGUCUCUCUGAUUUCCGUGGGAGUUUGGGUACCGCUCUUAAUUAAAAGCCAUAGAGAGAGAAAUGUCCCCCCAAAGUUUCGAUUCAGUGGGGCCAUGUCCGGCAUCUGUGGCUAGUGGUCCCGAGUUCAAGGUCUCUUGGAUGCAAAUCCUAAUCAAUAAUUCUCCUUCCCCCCCGUUCGUGGAAGCCGGAUUUGGGUGUCCGGAUGGAUGGAGAGGGUGACUUGUGCCAACCAAAAUGUCGAAAAGGGGGGAAGGAACGGCUGGCGGGUUUGAUUCUGUUGCAGACGCCUCCUUUUCUGAUUUGAUGCACAGCCAAUGAAACAAUAAAUAUUGUUUUUCUUAGGGGAAAAAAAAGAAGGCAGUG